UACCUGCUAUAAUGUCUCUAGAAGAUCUACCUUAUGCUGCAGAUGCAGAAGCACCAUUAUCUAACGAAGAAUUAAAUGUACUUCGUAGACAAUAUGAAAGGGAAGAAGGCGACGUUACAACACAGACAAAAUUCAAUUAUGCGUGGGGCCUGAUCAAAAGUAGAAGGAAAAAUGAACAGCAAUUAGGUGUUAAGCUACUUGCAGAGAUAUUUAAAGAAUCGCCUGAACGUCGUCGCGAGUGUCUAUAUUAUCUUGCCUUGGGUCACUAUAAAUUAGGAGAAUAUACGCAUGCCAGGUAUUAUAAUAGUGAACUUCUCCAAAGGGAACCAAAUAAUCUACAAGCUAAAAGCUUAAAAAAUCUUAUAGAAGAUAAACUUAACAGAG